GGCAUUCCAACCAACUGAGAUCAUAAGCGUAAAGCACCCUUUGGAUCCUUCCGCAGAGAACUAAUGUCAUCCUCAGAUUUCUUUUGCUUUUCCCUGCCCCGGCACACACACACACUCCGGUCAGGCAGAACACAACUGAAAAUAACAGCACUUUAGUGAAGGAAAAGUUUUCUCGUGAAACUCUUGUACAUCCACUGCUCGUGGGCCGCUUUACUGCGCGCAUUGAUUUGCUGCCAGCGCUUGCAGACAGGAAGUGAGGGGAUCUCGGGGCUGCUGUAGUGUAGCUUCCAAUACUAAAGCUGGAGGUGCAGCGGGGAUCUGUACAGUCGCCAGCAGAACGGAUCUAGAACCCGCGGAGCGUUCCUGAGUGGGACUUUCUGGACUGCAAUCCUGGAACUGUGUAACAGGAUCUUGGAUGUUCCCCACGUGCAGAUACUUUUCACUCUUUUUAAUGGCUGCUGGGUGACUUGGCUGAGCUCGGAACCCUCCAGUUGAUCCUGCUGUUCAGGAAGAUGCCUCUGCCUUUUGGGCUGAAGUUAAAGAGGACUCGGAGAUAUACAGUAUCUAGUAAGAGUUGCCUGGUGGCUCGGAUCCAGCUGCUAAACAAUGAGUUUGUGGAGUUCACACUGUCGGUGGAGAGUUCUGGGCAGGAGUGCUUAGAAGCUGUUGCGCAGAGGCUGGAACUGAGAGAGGUAACUUACUUCAGUCUGUGGUACUACAACAAGCAAAACCAGCAGCGAUGGGUGGAUUUAGAGAAACCACUGAAGAAACAGCUCGACAAGUAUGCAUUGGAACCCACUGUGUACUUUGGGGUGGUCUACUAUGUGCCUUCUGUGUCUCAGCUGCAGCAGGAGAUCACAAGAUACCAGUAUUACCUGCAGUUAAAGAAGGACAUCUUGGAGGGGAAAAUCCCUUGCACCUUGGAGCAGACUGUUCAGCUGGCGGGUCUGGCUGUACAAGCGGACUUUGGAGACUAUGACCAGUAUGAAUCUCAGGAUUUCCUGCAGCGAUACGCUUUGUUUCCUGUGGGCUGGAUUCAGGAUGAAAAAACGCUGGAAGAAGCAACAAAGAAUGUGGCCUUACUACACCAGAAAUUGAGGGGCCUCUCUCCCCCGGAUGCUGAAUUAUUGUACAUGCAAGAGAUUGAAAGGUUGGAGAACUACGGAGAGGAAAGUUACCCUGCCAAGGAUAGCCAGGGUACAGACCUCUGCAUUGGGGCUUGUCUCAAUGGCAUAUUUGUUAAGCACAAGAAUGGCCGCCCACCUAUUGUUUUCCGGUGGCUUGAUAUCGCAAAUAUGUCUCACAAUAAGUCUUUUUUUACUCUUGAGUUGGCAAAUAAAGAAGAAACCAUCCAGUUCCAGACGGAGGAUAUGGAAACUGCCAAAUAUGUGUGGAGGAUGUGUGUUGCAAGGCACAAAUUCUACCGGAUAAAUCUGGACUCGCCAGAGUCUCCUCCUACUUCUAAGGAAGGUUUUCAGAAAUCUCCCUUUCUCCUUUCCCUUCAACGCUUUCCAAUACUGUCUCGUCCUUCUCUUCCUAAAGGACAAUCUCAGACUGUUAAUCCUGUUCGUCGGAGAUCCUCAACCAGAGUUUCACUGCCCAAGCAUCAGCCUUACAUGAUGCCUCCACACCAGAUGCACUAUAAUGGACAUUAUGAGCCUUAUACUUCUUCCCAAGACAAUAUCCCAAUGUUUGUAAGCGGUCAGAAUGGAUAUUAUUACCACUCCCAGACUAGCCUUGAUCGAACACCACAUGAUUACAAUGGAAGAAUUCGCAAUGGAAGUGUGUAUAGUGCACACAGCACCAAUUCUCUGAAUGCUCCGCAACACUACAUGCAGCCUUCACCUAUGUCAUCCAAUCCUAGCAUCACAGGAAGUGACAUCAUGAGACCAGAGUACAUCCCUUCGCACCGCCACAGUGCACUCAUCCCACCCUCCUAUAGGCCAACACCAGAUUAUGAGACUGUAAUGAGGCAGCUGAACAGGGGCAUGAUGCAUUCAGAGAGGCAGAGCCACUCAAUGAGAAAUCUCAACAUUGGCAAUUCCUAUGCUUACAGCAGGCCUGAUGCAUUGGUUUAUAGCCAACCUGAAAUUCGGGAGCAUGCUCAGUUCACUCCCCACCAGUCCAAUCACUAUCCUUUUAACCUGAAUUAUAGUUUUCACAGUCAGUCCCCCUAUCCAUAUCAAGCUGAGAGGCGUCCAGUUGUAGGAGCAGUGAGUGUACCUGAGUUAACCAAUGUUCAACUUCAAGUACAGGAUUACACCUCUUCGAACAUCAUGAAGACUCAGGUGUAUCGCCCUCCUCCUCCAUAUCCUUAUCCAAGGCCAGCAAAUAGCACCCCAGAUCUUACUCGACACCACAUCAGCAGCAGCAAUCCUGAUCUCAUCACCAGACGAGUUCACCAUUCUGUACAAAUGUUUCAAGAAGACAGCUUGCCGGUAGCUCAUUCUCUUCAAGAAGUAAGCGAACCCUUGACAGCUGCCCGUCAUGCUCACCUUCAGAAAAGGAACAGCAUUGAAAUUGCAGGUUUAACUCAUAGCUUUGAUGGCAUGAGGGUGAAAGAAAGGACCAUAUCAACAUCUUCUUCCAGUGGAACACCGCAGAGAAUCCUGUCAAGUGAAUCUCAGACUAAUGUCAUUAUGGAAAGAACCAAAGAGGAGCAGGGUGAAGACUCUGAACGAGGAGGGUAUGGUCACAAGAAGUCACUUUCAGAUGCCACCAUGCUUAUUCACAGCAGUGAGGAUGAUGAUGAAGAGGCUGAAGAAGAUAACAGAACCAGCAUUACACAAGCCCCCUUGUUCUAUGAUAGGGCACAGCUGCGUACUGUAAUGGAAACGUACCCUGAUGAGCUGGAGCCAAUUGACACAUACAGCUCUGCUCCUGCCAACCAUCUUCACAUAUAUGAACACAAAAAACAAGAGGAGGUGGAGAAGGAGAUGAGGCUUAAAGGUGUAAGCCCAGUGCAAUUUUCUGGUGACUUUCAACCCAAUAGGAGGGGGGAGGGCAACAUACCACCUUCAGCAUCUGAAUCGGACCUCACUGCAGUCAGCAUAAGGUAUAGACCUAAGAAGGAUCAAGUAAAAAAGAGGCCAGUGUCUGAUGUCCUCUCAGGAAAGAAGGAUAUUGUGGAAGGACUGCCACCUUCUGGAGGAAUAAAGAAGGGCCCCAGAAUGGAAGUCAAAAAAAUUGGUCCUCUGAAAAUGGCUGCAUGGAAUGGUUUAUCUUUGUCCCGUUUGCCGUUACCAGAUGAAGAAAAAGAGGAACCCUCUAGAGCUUCAAAUGAUGACAGGUGUAAACUGCUGGAACAGAGAUUGGAGCAGGGCAUGGUGUUCACUGAAUAUGAGCAGAUUGGCAAGAAGAGACUGCCAGACAGUGAGUGCUCCAUAGCACGUCUUCCUGAGAACGCAGAACGAAAUCGAUAUCAGGAUGUGCUGCCCUAUGAUGAUAGUCGAGUAGAGCUGGUUCCAACCAAAGAAAACAACACUGGUUAUAUCAAUGCCUCCCACAUUAAGAUGACAGUUGGUGGAGUUGAGUGGGAUUACAUUGCCACACAGGGCCCACUUCAGAGCACAUGCCAAGAUUUUUGGCAGAUGGUCUGGGAGCAGGGAAUUGCCAUAAUCGCCAUGGUAACGCUAGACGAAGAGGGCGGUCGUGAGAAAAGUUAUCGAUAUUGGCCAAGACUUGGCUCAAGGCACAACACUGUCAAUUAUGGGAGGUUUAAGAUCACCACCCGGUUCCGAACUGACUCUGGCUGCUAUGCCACCACUGGCUUAAAGAUAAAACACCUUCUGUCUGGCCAGGAGAGGACAGUGUGGCACCUUCAGUAUACUGACUGGCCAGAACAUGGACAUCCAGAAGAUGUGAAAGGAUUCCUUUCCUAUUUGGAAGAGAUCCAGUCUGUGCGCCGCCACACAAACAGCACAAUCAACCCUAAUAGCCCAAAUCCCCCUGUGCUUGUGCAUUGCAGUGCAGGUGUUGGUCGGACAGGGGUGAUCAUUUUGUCUGAAGUUAUGAUUGCAUGUUUGGAACAUAAUGAGAUGCUGGACAUCCCCCUAGUCCUGGACAUGCUGCGGCACCAGAGGAUGCUGAUGGUUCAGACUCUUUCUCAGUACAAUUUUGUAUAUAAAGUCCUGAUUCAGUUCCUGAAGAGUUCCAGGCUGAUCUGACGACAAGUGGAGUCCUGCCAUUGAUGGAAGCAGCAAGUGGCACUUUUGAAGCUCAUUUCAUUGGAAAGUUGGAUGCCCAUCUAACUGGGCAAAAGCCACAUUCAGUGCCAUUUAUAUGCAAAACAAGCCAUGUAUUACUGUGGCCAAGACCAAGUAUAUGGUGCUAAACCUGCAUUCUUUUGAAGGCUUAGAUAUCGAACAGAGCCACAUAUUUGCUAAUGAAUUCUGAAACCAGCAGUUCAAUAGCGGAUUCUGGUAGUUUGGUAUAUCUGAGUAGUGGCGACCCAGUGUCUUUCUGAAUUGAGUCAAUUAAUCAGAUUCUAAAAUGUAAAAGGGAAGAUCAAAAUCUGAUCCUGGCAUGCUCUUUGUUUGUUUGGGAGUCAGAAAAAGCCACAGGCAUAGACUGGCCAAUGGUAUUGUCUCUGCAUCUAUCAGCCUGGAUUCUUCAGUUUAACCCCAUUGCUGAAACAUUUGGGGUAGCAGGACAAAAGCGCAUUUUAUCAGUGUUAUUAUGCAAAGCUCUGAUUUUACUGGUUGAAAUCAGCUAUGAUUCUAAUGAAGUUUUGAAGCACUUUUUACUCCCAUGCUGUCUUAUUUAUGAUGCUGCUUAUAUUUUAACCCAAUGCUGUUUUAGAAAUGUAUUUUAUACUAAUGAGCUAAUCAGAAUGAGGCAAGGGUUGAAUGUGACCAGAACUUCUGGGUUGCUGUUUCUGAGACACAAGCACACACACACACACACACACACAUAUAUAAAGAACCACAUAUGGAAGGUGACUGGCUUUUAUACUGAAAAUAAUCAAUUCUAUUUAAGAAUUUAAAUCCCCCCUUUUGUUUUUUUUAAAUACAUACAGUUGUCCUUUACACUAAAAGUAUU